UCACUCACACCGUCUCCGGGGCUCUCACGUCGUCUUUGUGAAGUGGAGAGAGCGAGGGAGAGCGGCACCGUACACACGAGGUCUGGAGAAACAAUACGCGGAUUUGCCACCGAGGUCCGAGUCGAAAAUCACUGCUGCAGGGGUCAGCGAGGGACCGUGCGUGAGGAAUACAUGAAGGGUGGGUUGGGGGGAGGGGCCGGCCACCGCAGCGGCAGUACCACCAAGGUCAAAGUUCAGACAGAUUCGCUCGGUGAUUGAUGAAGAUUAAGAAACGGAUUUUGCCUAAUAGGAAACACAGGAACGUCCUCAUCCGCACUGGGUAAAGAACUUUUAAUGGCGUCCCGGUAGAGACAUCAAGAUGAACACGUUACCAUCAAUGGACCGGCACAUCCAGCAGACUAAUGACAGGCUGCAGUGCAUCAAACAGCACUUACAGAACCCAGCCAACUUCCACUCAGCAGCCACAGAGCUGCUCGACUGGUGUGGAGAUCCCCGGGCCUUCCAGCGACCUUUCGAGCAAAGUCUCAUGGGAUGUCUGACGGUGGUGAGUCGCGUUGCCGCUCAGCAGGGGUUUGACUUGGACUUGGGCUACAGGUUGCUGGCUGUGUGCGCUGCCAACAGGGACAAAUUCACUCCCAAAUCUGCAGAAACCAGCACCUGCAGGAGAUGUCAGAGUGACUCAGCCCUGCUGUCGUCGUGGUGCGAGGAGCUGGGUCGUCUCCUCCUGCUGCGUCACCAGAAGAACAGGCAGAACGAACCGCAGGGAAAAGUCCCCAUGCAGCCCAGCAUGAGCAGCAUGAAGCCCGGCCUCACACACAGUGAUGGAUCCUUUCCCUAUGACUCUGUCCCCUGGCAACAAAACACCAACCAGCCCCCUGGGUCAUUGUCUGUGGUUACAACAGUGUGGGGCGUGACCAAUACAUCACAGAGUCAGGUGCUGGGUAACCCAAUGGCGAACAGCAAUAACCCCAUGAAUCCUGGGGGUAACCCUAUGGGAUCAGGUAUGUCUGCCAGUGCAGCAGGGCUCAACUCACCACAGUUCAGUGCUCAGCAGCAACAGUUUCCAAACAAAGGAGGCUCCAACCAACCGUACAUGCAGCAGGGCAUGUACGGCAGGCCUGGCUACCCUGGAGGUCCUGGGGGAUACAGCGGAAGUUAUUCUGGAGGCCCAAACGCCCCUCCAGGAGGUAUGGGAAUGACCUCCCACACACGUCCUCCUGGGGACUUCACUCAGCCAGCCGCCGCUGCUGCUGCAGCAGCUGUUGCUGCCGCUGCUGCUACGGCAACGGCCACAGCAACGGCCACGGUGGCAGCUCUGCAGGAAACCCAGAAUAAAGAUAUGAACCAGUAUGGACAGAUGUGUUCAUCGUUCCAAAUGGGCCCUGCUCAGGCCUACAAUAACCAGUUCAUGAACCAGCCAGGCCCACGAGGCCCCCCUGGAGGUAUGAAUCCAGCCAGCAUGGGAUCAGCCAUGAGCAACCCUAAUAUGAGUGGGCCUCCCAUGGGCAUGAGCCAGACUCGAACCCCAGGCAUGGGGCCUUUUGGGGCUCAUGGCCAAAGGAUGCCUCAGCAAGGGUAUCCUGGAGGGCCUCGGCAGGGCAUGCCCAUGCAGGGGAUGAAGAGGCCGUAUCCUGGGGAGGCAAGUUAUGGCGGUCAGCAGUACGGGCCGAACACUCAGUUCCCACCACAGCAGGGGCAGUACCCCACAUCAAACGCCUCUAGGCCGCUGCCCUCUCCUAACUACCCCAGCCAGAGGAUGCCAGGGCAGCAGGGCCAGGGACAGUACCCACCAGGCAUGCCCAUGGGCCAAUACUAUAAGCAAGAGCCCUUCAAUGGUCAGAGCAACAACUUUUCUGGAGGAGGAUACUCCUACGGUCAAGGCAAUGGGCCCCCCAGGCCCGGUAACUACCCCCACUCCCCUGUCCCUGGAAACCCCACACCUCCUAUGACCCCAGGAAGUAGUAUUCCGCCGUACCUUUCGCCAAACCAGGAUGUGAAACCCCCGUUUCCACCCGACAUGAAACCAAAUAUGACAGCACUUCCGCCCCCUCCGACUAACCCCAAUGAGGAGCUGCGGCUGACGUUCCCAGUCAGGGAUGGAGUGGUGCUGGAGCCGUUCCGCUUGGAGCACAACUUGGCUGUCAGUAACCACGUCUUCCACCUUCGACCCUCCGUCCACCAGACCCUCAUGUGGAGGUCAGACCUCGAGCUGCAGUUUAAGUGCUACCACCACGAAGACAGGCAGAUGAACACCAACUGGCCCGCCUCCGUCCAGGUCAGCGUCAACGCCACGCCCCUCACCAUUGAGAGGGGAGACAACAAAACCUCCCACAAACCCCUGCACCUGAAGCACGUAUGCCAACCUGGGAGAAACACCAUCCAGAUAACAGUCACCGCCUGCUGUUGUUCCCACCUGUUUGUGCUGCAGCUGGUCCACAGGCCAUCUGUGCGAUCCGUCCUCCAGGGGCUCCUGAAGAAGAGACUCCUUCCUGCAGAACACUGCAUCACCAAGAUCAAGAGGAACUUCAGCAGCGUGGCGGCCUCAGCAGGCAACACCACUCUUAACGGGGAAGACGGUGUGGAGCAGACGGCCAUUAAAGUGUCGCUGAAAUGUCCCAUUACCUUCCGACGCAUCCAGCUACCGGCACGAGGGCAUGACUGCAAACAUGUCCAGUGUUUUGAUCUGGAGUCCUACUUACAGCUCAACUGUGAGAGGGGGACAUGGAGGUGUCCUGUGUGCAAUAAAACGGCAUUAUUAGAAGGUCUGGAGGUGGACCAGUACAUGUGGGGAAUCCUCAAUGCCAUCCAAAAUUCAGAGUUUGAAGAGGUCACUAUAGACCCAACAUGUAGCUGGCGACCUGUCCCCAUUAAGUCCGAGCUACACAUCAAAGAGGACCCCGAUGGACCAUUGGCCAAGCGCUUUAAGACCAUGAGCCCCAGUCAGAUGACCAUGCCCAAUGUGAUGGAUAUGAUCGCCCAGCUAGGACCUGGUCCGGGGCCAGGUCCAGGUCCUGGGCCCGGACCAGGUCCCAGUCCCUACCCCCAACACCCUGGUCAGCAUAGUAGUGGCAACGGGGGAGAUUACCCAGGAGCAGGCAACAGUUACCACAGCCAAGGGAACUUUGACUUCCCCCACGGGAACCCCUCUGGUGGUGGAGGUGGAGGUGGUGGAGGUCCCCCUAUGAAUGACUUCAUCCAUGGCCCCCAGCUCUCUCAUCCCCCAGAUGGACCUGGUGGCCUCCUCUCCCAGGACAAGCCCCUUAACCACAGCAUGAGCGAAGCAAUGUCCCAUCCCGAUCAGUCCCAUAACUCCAUGCAGCAGAGCUUGCAUGCGUCUCCCCACCCUGGCAGCCAAACAGGGCCGCCCUUACAUCACAGUGGCCAGUCAGGGCAGCCCUUGCAUCACAGUGGCCAGUCAUCGCAGCCGCCUCGCCAGUCGCAGCCUCAGCCGCAGCCUCAGCAGCCUGGGCAGAACAGUCACCCCCACAGCGAUCUGAACUUUAACCCCGCUUCAGAUGGGCAGAUGGGUCAGGGAGCCCAGGAUAUGCCUGAACCCUCCCUGGAUCUGCUUCCAGAGCUAGCCAACCCAGAUGACUUACUUUCAUACCUGGACCCUCCCGACCUUCCCGCCAACAGCAAUGACGACCUUCUCUCCCUCUUCGAGAACAACUAGCCCUUCGCCUCCCCUGUGAACCCUCCUGCGCCUACAGGAGUGGUGAUGUGUUUGACUGUCCGUCCACAGACACCUCACCGACCUCCUAUCGGCACUUCAAGCAGCUUCCUAUGCUCGCGCACGCACACACGCACACAGCCUCUUAACAGAUAAUGUGUGGCGUAGGAGCCCGUAUAAAAAGAGGGCCCUGUUUGGCAACUCCACGGGAGAAAGCAGGAAUGCCACUCGUCCUCGAACUCCCUUUUUCCUCCUGUAAAGAUUCCACACACCAGUUCCACCGCCUCUGACUCAAAACACGCCAUUUACAGCCAUUUUGGCGGGCACUAACGUGAUACAUAUACAUAUAUGCUUGUAAUUUAUAUAUACAGGAGUUAAAGUGGGGGAACCCUGAGAGCUGGUGUAGUGAUGCAGCAGGGAAAAAUGACUAAAUGCUGGCGAAAGUACCACAACCACCAUAAACUUGUGGUUGCGGUACUUAUGCACGCAUGAUGGCGGGUUCAGACAAAGCACCACGAUACGUUAGUUCUCGGGCAGACAGCUGCCUGGCAAAUUACACCAGAAGCAAAUUUCUCCUCGUUGAUCAACAAGUAGCUCUGCUCCUCUGCUCUUUUUUAAUCACACGUAGAGCUGAUCUUUACGAUAACCCCAUCGAUUUAUAGCGUUAAGCUUUUUAAAGAACGUAUCGAACAUAAUCACAAACAGCAGUGAGUAUCUCGAUGGCGCCAGGUUGCAGCACACCAAAAAUGAACUCGCUUGACACCAUCAUGUAUGAAACUGCCAAUCAGAUUUAUUUACUUAUUAAUUGAAGGUGAGGGAAUGCUGUUUUGGAUCGUUCCGUCCCACUUUAACCCCUGUACAUAUAUGAUAUUUGUGACUUUUCAACUGAAAACUGUGCAGCUAUAAUCAUCAUGUGUCACAACACAGAGGAGACCGGAGCCUUAGUAGGCUCCAGGAAAAGUGUUGUAGCUUUGUUUUUUUUUGUUUUUUUUUAAUUAUAAUUUUCCUUUUGUGAAAAAACAUAAGCCCGUGGGAAAAACAUUGUCUUGUAAGAGUGUUUUUAUCCUGUUUGAAAUGUGUUCUUCCAAAACUUUGGCACAUGCCAUGCCCUUUGACCCCCCAGACUUCCCAGUGUGUAUGUGUGUGUGUGUAUGACAGCUGAAUAACUGGAACUCAUCAGAAUCAGAGCACUGAAAGGACAAGCUAAAAUGUCCUCCAGUGCCAACAGAGGAAAAGAGCGCACAUUGUGCAAUGUAGUGUGUGUGUGUGUCGGUGCGUGUAUAUACAUAUUUGUGUGUGCGAAUGUUUACGUGUUCCCCUUUGUUUGCCUGCGAGCGUGUGUGAAAGACAGUGGGGAGAGAAAGUCUGAGACAGAGGAGGGAAGAAAAAUACGGAAUGGAAGAAAGAGAAAACCAUCCCCUUUAAGAGGCGUCUCGGUUCUUUUUCUCCUCCCCGUCUGCUGCAGUUUGUAUUUGUUGUAAUGUUUCGCUCGUCCUCAUCAAAUCAGCACCAUUUUUCUUCACAAGUGCAUGUGUGCCAAUGGCUCCUGUUGUCUUUGUCCAGCCUAAAUGUGCUUGAUGAAAUAAUUUUAAUUUUCUCUCUUGUCUUUAUAUUUAUUAUUUUAUUUCAAAUUAAUCUUUUUUUUUUAAAGGUGUCCUUUUUUUUUUUUAAUGUGUUUUAUCUUCAUCCCACAUUGAAAUUAAUCAGAUACACAUCACCAAAGUUGUCCUAUGCUUUUUGUAAGGGUUUUGGGCCUGGAUAUUUUGUUGGCGUAAGAGCAGGAUUUCAACAUCCUACAGACGUCUACAGAACAUUUUAAAUCACUGUAUUUUAUAGAAACGUCUGUGUGAUUGUACUGAUCUUUCCUUUUGUCGUUUUGUUACUGUUGAACUGCAUCUUUUUGGGAAAAAAAAAACAUCCUGCAUGAUCCAACAGUGUUUCCAGAGCUGUUGUAUAUACCCUUUGUGAAUACUUUGUGACUGUACAGUACUGUACCUAUCUAUUACUGCAACUACAUGGUACUGUAUGUCUGUUAAGGACUACACACGUUCACACACACUCACAGACACACACAGAAUUCCUUAUAACCAGUCCAAUAUUGUAACGAAUUGAUCCAAAUGCACUCUCACUGGCCUUGUAUUGAGUACCUGUGUAUUGUGUACAUUACCCUGUGACAAUGCAGCAGCAAAAAGGAAUAUUUGAAUUAUUCAGCAGGCAAGUUGUGAGUUAUUUUUAUUUCAUAUGUGUAUAUACAAAAAUGAGCUGUUCUUUUUUUCUCUAAAAGGUUUCAGCUCAGAGGUCCAAAUUUUUCCAAAAAUUAUUUGUUUAAUAUUAUUGGAACAAGUGACCUCGUCCUCUUUAUUUAAAGUGAGAAUGUGCAAAAUGUCCUCUGGAUUGUUUUGAGGCCUGAUAAUGAGCUUUUGAUAACCAUACUUGUGUAUUUUCAUCACAUUUUAUAUUGUUUCAAGUUUUAAGUUAUUAUUUUUGUCCAGUGUUUUUUUUUUUUUUUUUUUUUUUUAAAUGACAGGUAUAAUUUGGUUUACACAGUUUUAUGCAGUACCGUCGAUGAAUUUAAAAUAUACUGUACGCUGUUGGAUAAAAUUCCCCCAUUUGAGAUUUGUUAUCUGUGUGAAGAACCAAAUAUGGCUUUACUCGUCUUCAGAGUUGAUCAAAUCACCUGCAUACAUCACCGUUGAAGGAUCAGAUGUCGUUUGUGUUUGUUUAUAUGUUUGUUAAAGACAAUGCACUGCCGCAUUGGGAUGUUUUAUUUCCCUACACAGUGUGUAACUGUAACUGUAACCUUUCACAAAAUCACACCUAGUAAUUUGAGCGACACAAAUUGUACUGUCUGAUUGCAGACAUUGGAAAUCGAGUUGAGGAUUUGACAGAGAAUGCAAUUAAUAUUGUAAAAUGAAAUUUGGGGUGAGACCCCUCCUACCUGCAUUACAAGGACAGGUUGUGGCAGAGGGUUGGGGUUGGGGGUUGGGAAUGUAAGGAAUACGUGUAUAUAAUGUAAAUGACAAAUAGAGACACGUUAACAGAAAUGUAUUCAUUUUCUCCAGGGGGAAUGUGCAUAGUGUAUUUAGAAUUUGUAAAGCUUGCAUCCUCCUGUCAGACAUUGAAUUGGGAAAAUGUGUUUGAUUGCGUCUGUGCAGACCUCUCUAACCACGCCUGUUCAUUUAUGUAAGAUACUUUAUGUACCCCUCCACGCGGGGUUUCCAAGAAAAAAAAAGACAUUUUUCCUUUGUGUAAUAUUAAACUUCUGUGUAUUUCUCUAUUACCUGUGUACUUUAUAAAGGUGCUACAAAAUUAUUAAAACCUUUUGAGGUAUAAUUGGGACUUGGAGACAUUGAGCUUUGAGUGGCUCUUAAGGGUUGUUUCCAAAUUUACAGUUUGUAAAAAAAAAAAUUUUUUUUGUCAAAUUUAUAAUUUUUAUGCAAUUUGGCAAAAUAUGCUAUAAGGUACAAUCUGAAGUGAUUGGCACAACAGGUGGCAGUUGUCUCUUUGGUUUUGUACAUUCUAUGUACAAUCAUUUCAUAUUCUAAACUGGUCAGAAAAACAUUGUGAUUUUUAGUCUUGCAAAUCUGUAUGUAGUUAGAUGACGUGACAUCCUAAUAUUUAUCUAAUAAAUAUGUAUUCAG